GCGGAGCUACUGGGGAGAAAGAAUUUAUCAAAGACAUGACGGAAAGAAAGCAGCUGAGAUGUUCACAAGUCAAGCUCGUAUUGACAGCAAAACUGGCCCGGAUAAUCUUGGACGGUUUGAAUAUUUACAGGCUUUGGUAACGGAAUUUCAAGAUACUGACAAGCAAGGUUCUAAGGAAGAAAUAUUGGCCAACUUGGCCAAUUUUGGAUAUGAUCCAAUCAACUAUGGUCACUUUAGAAAGCUUAAUGUGUUAGAUCUUUUUAUGGAUAUGCUUACAGAAGAAAAUGCAAAGUUUGUUGAGUUUGGGAUUGGAGGAUUAUGCAACUGCAGUUUGGAUAAGGAAAACAAACAACAUAUCGUUGAGAAUGGUGGAAUUCCUUUAGUCAUUAAUUGUCUUUCCAGUUCCAACGAGGAGACUGUUUUGUCAGCUAUAACCACUCUAAUGUUCCUCACCACACCACAGACACAAGAAGAAAUCACAUCAGAACCUGUUGUGGACUGCAUGGAAAGAUUUUCAACCUCCUCAAAUGCUCGGCUAAGUAACUUGGCUAAAGUAUUCCUACAGGAUUAUUGCAAAAGGUCAAAACAAAAUGUUACACAUACAAAUUGAAGCAGAGAUAAAGAGCAUCUGGUCAAAGCCACUGCUUGAACACCAAGAUGUUACAAGCCUGUCCAUGCCUACAGCACAAUUCUAAUCAAGGGAAGAGUCAUGACCUCAUACACACACAGUUGCUAAUAUACAGUGACAACUGUGUGGUAGUACUCCACUAUACGGUAGUUCCUUACAGAUAUUAUUUGAGUCAAGGCAAGACUGUAAGCAGUUCCCACCUAAGAGUACUGAAAUCAUUUAAAAGUGGAUUGUCUUGGUAAGAGUACUCCUGAGUUCAUGAAAGAGACUGAUGUUUCAACAACCAGUGUAAAAGUGUUCCAACUACAGUUCCAGGAAUUUGUAACUGACACAAUUUUAUUAGCACAUUUAUUUAUUUACAGGUGAUUGGAGUAUACAAACUUUUUUCCAGUAUGGUGCUAUUUUGAUAUUAUUUCAAAUCUCUUAACUCAUUUGCAGGGAAAUCAGCAGCACAUAGUUGUGAGAAUUGCUACUCAGAUCUUGAGAGACCAAGUGUGUAAGACAAUGACUUGAGACACAUUUUUUUCCCUGGUUGUAUCCUAGAGGCACAUCACUUACAGCUAAGCUAUAAAAUUUUGUGUAAAUGUUACCAAAAUCUUGCACUUGUUUGCAUCUUUGCUGGCCAUCUGAGUUUUACUUGAUCACAGACAAGUCAUCAUUGUUUGUAAAAUAAAUAAAAUUUUACAGGUUA